AGAAGUUUAUGUAAAUGCUCCAUUUUAAUUAUAUUAGGAGGACGGCCCUAUUCUCUGCCCAAUAAAAAUGGACCAGGGCUGACACCUGGUUAUAAACACAGAAAGGAUUCCAAAGUAGUAAUCGCAAAUCGGCAGGAAAAAACCCAAACGGCAUCUUCAAGAGACGCAAUGACCUCCAGCAAAGUUGAACUGCCAGGAGAGGUGAAGAACGACCCGGCUGCGCUCAUGGCAUCUCUUCAUCUGGUGCCCUCACCGAUACCCAAUCCUGAGAUCAAGUACACCAAGAUUUUUAUUAAUAACGAAUGGCAUGAUUCUGUGAGCGGUAAGGUCUUCACAACGUACAACCCGGCUACAGGGGAGAAAAUCUGUGACGUCCAGGAAGCAGAUAAGGCUGAUGUGGACAAAGCGGUGCAGGCUGCACGUUCGGCCUUCUCUCUUGGUUCAGUAUGGAGGAAGAUGGAUGCAUCUGAACGUGGGAAGCUGUUGUUCAAACUAGCUGACCUAGUGGAAAGAGACACCGCCUACCUUGCUACCCUGGAGUCUCUGGACAGCGGGAAACCUUUCCUCCCCUCCAUCUUUGUAGACCUUCAGGGAACCAUUAAAACUUUUCGAUAUUUUGCUGGAUGGGCAGAUAAGAUCCACGGUUCCACGAUUCCGGCUGAUGGGGAAUAUUUCACACUCACCAGGCAUGAGCCUAUUGGAGUGUGUGGACAGAUCAUUCCUUGGAACUUCCCCCUGGUGAUGACAGCAUGGAAAUUGGGGCCAGCGCUGAGCUGCGGGAACACUGUUAUACUGAAACCUGCUGAGCAGACCCCUCUCACCUGCCUCUACAUCGGUGCUCUGAUCAAAGAGGCUGGGUUUCCACCGGGAGUCGUCAAUAUUUUGCCAGGCUACGGGCCAACCGCGGGAGCCGCGAUCGCUUCGCACAUGGGCAUAGACAAAGUGGCGUUCACAGGAUCGACUGAGGUAGGCAAGCUGAUCCAAGAAGCAGCAGGAAAGAGCAAUCUGAAGAGAGUCACGCUAGAGCUCGGGGGAAAGAGUCCCAACAUCAUUUUUGCAGAUGCUGAUUUUGAGUUGGCAGUCGAACAGGCCCAUCAGGGUGUUUUCUUCAACAACGGUCAAUGCUGCACCGCUGGUUCCCGUAUUUUUGUGGAGGAGCCCAUUUAUGAUGAGUUUGUGCGAAGGAGUGAGAGAGCUCGGAGAAGGACACUGGGAAAUCCCUUUGACCCAACCACUGAGCAGGGACCUCAGGUGAGUCUGGAGCAGCAGAGACGUGUUCUGGAGAUGAUUCAGUGCGGCAUCACUGAGGGAGCCAAACUGGAGUGUGGCGGCAAAGCUCCUCCUUCUAAAGGCUUCUUUGUGGAGCCCACGGUCUUCUCCGAUGUACAGGACCACAUGCGCAUUGCCAAGGAGGAGAUAUUUGGGCCAGUUCAGCAGAUCAUGAAGUUUAAAACGAUUGAAGAAGUGAUCGAGAGAGCCAACGACACAGAAUAUGGUCUGGUAGCAGCAGUCUUCACCAGAGACAUCAACAAGGCCAUGACAGUCUCUGCAGCUGUGCAGGCCGGCACUGUCUGGAUUAACUGUUAUAAUGCCCUGACAUGCCAGUGUCCUUUUGGAGGAUUCAAAAUGUCCGGCAAUGGUCGUGAACUGGGUGAGAUCGGACUGAAAGAGUACACAGAGGUGAAAACAAUUACGAUGAAGUUGUCAGGAAAGAACUCUUAAAGCACAAACAUGUACGUUCCUAGCAGCGUGAAGAAGUCUUCCUCUGAGGUUAACCACUACCCUUUAUCCUUCGGUUGUCUAUAGUGGUAAAAUGCCACACACAGUAACCACCCAUCACUUCUGCAUUGGAGCACCUGUUCUGCUGUUGUCAUGAACUACCCUUCAUCUUCAUCCUUCGUCCACCACCGUCACCAUUAACUGCCUACACCCAUUCCAGCUGUGACCUCCCUUCGCCCGGCUCCACUAACCAUACUAAAGCACUCGGAGUCCCGGUGAAGGAGGGCUACACAUUAGGCCACUGCACCAGCAGCAUGCAGACAUUAACAGACUGUGACAGCUCUCUCUGAUGAUCUCCUAUGUUAAGUGUUUUUAUACACUGACUAAAAGGAGGUGUCAUUCUCAAACCUCAUUAUUAACUUACCUUUCCACUGGGUAGAAAUCAAGUAGGUAUAUUUGUUUUUUACUAAGACCACUGAAGCUCUCAGAUAAAAGAUGUUUUCGUUGAAUGAGUAUUAAUUCUAAAAUUUGUGUAAUUGCUUUAUGUGUUUAUUUUUUCAUUUUAUUCUUUGAUUGUUUUUACAAUGUAUAACUUUGUCGAUGUCUUGACCAAUGUAAGCAAAAAUGAUUUACCUCAAAAAAGAAAGCAGAAAAUCAGUGGUGUGUAUUUUUGACAAAUGAUUCCUCAUUGAUGCCCAUUUAUUGUUAGGUUUAAAGAAUUAUGUACUAUAGAAGUUAAGAUAUAGAGAUAAUUUCUUCAUUAAAAUGUUUUACUCAAAGUA